UGCAAAAUCCAUUCAUUUAGGACUUCUCAAAACCAAUCCUUUCCAUAUCCAAUAUUAGUUAAUUUACUUGUGUUCAUUAUUUAUAUUCCAAUGACAUCCUUCAUGAGAAGCCCUUAUUGCACUUCAGGUUCUGAUACUAGAAGAAUAAGGGUUUAAAAAGUGGAUACUCACGGAGAGAAUAAUUUUCAUAGAAACAGACAUGGCUGUUGAUGGUGAUUUAAAAUUUCUUCUUGACCUCUGAAUAUCUUCUAUACUUGGGUUAAUACCCUAUAAUUAGUGUUCCAGAUGGUUCAUGGUUUCUGUUAACGAACCGAGUUGUUCUUCCGCAGCAACCCCUCCGAAGACAAACUUCGCCCUCUUUUCAUUGUGUGCGAUCUUUCCAUAUCUUUGGCCGUCUCAAUUUUGUGUGUAUACUAGUUGGAAAUUUCGCACAGUAUACAGUCCAUUUUUUAUGUAUUCGGUAUUCCCAGACCUCCGAGUCAGGCAAGAAGGCGGAUUUAGAAAGACGUAUGCAUUUAAUACAGUGUAAUUAAGCUUGACAAAUAUGAUUGUUAUUGAGAGUGAUUAUUGAAAAGGGUUGAACCUCCGAAAGCCUACGACACUAAUUAAAUUGUAAACAGCAAGUUUAAAGCUAUUUAUGGUAAUAAUUUGCAAAUACCCAGUGAUUAGGUCGGAUGUGCUCAGUAAAAAUCGAGAUUUCAGUUCUUUCACAACUUCCGAUCGUACGAUGAAUAAUCUAUAUUUUUGAUCAGCUUCAUCGCAAGCUGCCACGUCGAUCUAGAAUUCUCGGGUGUUUCCAAGACUUUCAAACCAGUGCAAGGGUCGCGAGAAGUUCUUAUGUCGUAUCAACGGAAGUUACGUAUUUCUUUGUGCCUUCCGUUUCGAACAGACCUAUGAGAAGAAGACCAGCAGUAGACUCAUAUGUUUGAAUGUGUAAUAUCCACUCGGUGGUGUUGCUCCAAACUUCGUUUCAAACCGCAGUUCAGGUAGGGGAUUUGUAAAAUACGUACAUACAUACGUAUAUAGUACACAUACAUAUAUGUAUCUUUUAUUUGCGUUGCCGAUCCCAGCACCGUGAUUUUUUUUCCUCUGCAAAAGCAACAACAACAGCAUCAAAAAAAUCGAUCGCCCUACGCCACUAAUACACUGACACUUGGCCACCGCCACACGCACACCACUGCAGCCUGCGGCGAAUUCACUUCGCCGUAGUUUAAUGCGCAUUUCACUCUCCUUUGCGCUCUUCUCUUUACUAAAGUUGUUUUUUUUAUGUAGGUAUAUUCUUAGAAGUAGUUCCGUUGUGUUGUUGUUGGACUUAUUUGAUGAAAAUAAACUAGAGCGUGCUCGUGAGUGUGAUGACACUCAUCGCAGUAUCGCACUAUCGAUAGUCGGCCGUGCAGGAAUACUGCGACUUGACGCUUGUUAUUUUUAAAUGGUUAAUGCAUUUAUUUAAGUAGAUGCUAAGUAAACAAUAGCUUGUAUUGAAAUUGAAUCUCGUAGUUUUGCAUGCGCUAAUAUUUGUAUUAAGAACGAUAGAAAGCACACUAUCGAUAGUUAUCGCUUUUACCCGUAUUCGGAUUCGGCGCCACAGUUGUUGUUGUCAUUCGUUUUGACGACGCCGUGAACCUUACAUGUGUGCUACCCUUCCAUUGAACGGUUAAUUAAGUUGAAAAAAGGAACGGAAUGUUAAGUAAAUAAAAACCGCUUUAUGCACACGUAGUUUGCACUUUCCAUGGACAUUGAUGGCAUGUUAGUUGCUGCCAUUCGAGGAGUCGGAUACGGAUCGAGCCCCCAGUGCCGCCUGCAGUAUGGAGGAGAGCGAGGACGACGUGGUGGAGGUGGCCUGCGACAACGCGCUGAAGGAGAAGGUCCAGGCCAAGCUGGCGGAGAUCCGUUCAUUUGUGCCCUUUAUCCAGCGUGUGCGAACGGACUACCAGAAGACCCUAUCCGAUGUACAGGGCCACCGGCUGGACUCCCUGGUCGGUCUGCUGCAGCGCGAAAAUGUAUCGAUGACAACACUAAACAAGAUCGAGAGGAUCAUCGAAAAGCUAAAGAACAGAUUCGAACCGAAGAUACCAGGGGAAAUCAUCGAAAUCACCGACCACUCUGAGACAAAUGCGACGACGACCUCCUCCGUCAAGCCGAAACCCAGUACGGGUCCCAAGCCAAACGGCUUAGCCAUCCCCUCAUCAGCUGCCACCACCAAGACCGCGCCCUAUCCCCUGGCGGCGUCUUGCAAAACGAACGGAUCACCUAUUCCGGGUGCAGCUGCCAAGCCCAAGCCAGCGAUACCAAAGCUGGAGCACAGCUCGAUCGGAAGUACGUACGGUUCCUUAGCAAAGACUUCUGCCUUUGGCUCUGGCUCCUUCAGCACCUCCUCCACCAACAAGGUGUCAGGCUCCUUGGCUUCCGCACAGAAUCGAGCUCCUUUAAAGGCUCCCUUGGGCAAGCCGCUACCAGAUGAUAAGCAGAAACCUGUGACGGAACUACUUGCCCCAGCUCAAGCUCAAACUCAGGUUCAGCUUCCGGAUGCAAAGUCACCUGCUAUUGCAGAGCAAGAACAAGCGCCAGCGCCACCCGCUUUUCAUAAGAAACGCGGUUCUCUGACCAGUACUCCUCUCAAUCGCGGAGUGCUGGCUGCCAUGCAGGAGGCCCGCAUGGAGGAGAAGAAGCAGCGGGCCAAUGCCCAGCAUACAUUGCCAUCAUCAGCCAAAGAAUCGUUCGCUGCAGCUUCGCCAGAGAAGGACUUUUCGCGUCGAUCCUAUCCAGAAUCGGUGCAGUUCACCCGCCGUUUGCCAGAAAAACCGGUGCAACCAGCGGAUACUUUGGAUUUUGUGCGUCGAUCCACACCGCCUGUGCCUGUGACUGUGCCUUUCUCCAUGGUGGAAGCACCCUCAAGGCAGUCUGAAAAGAUUGGAACUGACGAGUGCAUGGUUCCGGCAGCAUUGUCGGAGAGCGCCUCGCUGGAGGAAGCGCGGAAGAAGCUGGCCGCCUUGCGAGGAGGAGGAUUAGGAUUAGGAGGAGGAGCAGGAGCAGGGGCCGUACAGGAAAUGCCGCCCCUGGCCUCCAACAUUAAUGAUCCGCGCGGCAAGAAGAACUUGAGUUUGAUCUUGCCUACGCCCGUGACCAACAAUAUUAACAACAAUAACAUCAGCUUACCGCUCAUGACCCCGCCUCCCGUUGUUCGUACUCCUUCGCCUAUUCCGCCGCCGCCAAGCAUUAAGCGCGGUACUUGGGCCGCGUUUUCGAACAGUCCCCUGAAGAGUGGCUUUAAUGCUUCGCGUACUUCGCUGCACAACUCUGAAACUCCUGGAGAUCCUCGAGAUCCGCGUACUUCGCUGCACAACUCUGAAACUCCUGGAGAUCCUCGAGAUCCGCGUACUUCGCUGCACAACUCUGAAACUCCUGGAGAUCCUCGAGCCCAUAGAGAAUCAAGCAUUGAAACCAGGCCCCUUAACGGCAGUGAGAGCCGAGAGCCGCCACGUGAUCCUCGCAUCUGGCAAAACAAGCCAUCCCAUUUACAUCAUCAGCAGCAGCAACCGCCACAGGCGCCACAAUAUCCCAGUGAUCCGCGUCGCGCUUCAAGCGUCUACAGCGGCUUUGAAGACUCCGCCAAUAGCUGGCAGUGCAACAACAAUAACAACAACAACGUUAACGGCAAUGGUAGUGCCUACAACAAGUCCAGCUGGGGUGGCAGUCAGAAUGGGAGCGGGUCAAAUGUAAGAGGGUUUAAGGGCAAUCAAAAUGAAAGUGAAAAUGCAGGAGUCUUUAAUGGCUCGCACAGCUUCAGAGGCGGUUAUCGUGGAGGUCACAACAGCCGGGGUUUCGGUAACUCGGGUUCCCGCUUCGACCGAGCCCAUGACGUGCCCCGCACAUAUGGGGAGCACCGCAAGGCCAAGGCUCGCGCUGAGGCGGAGGCCAAGGCUAAGGCUGCGGAGGAGGAACGCCAAAUGAUAGCGGAGAUUCAGAGGCAGCUGGAUGCCGAAGAGAAGCGCAAGUUGCUCGCCGCCGAGACACAACGAAGAAAGGAGGAGAUUGAGGCCGCGGAGGCGACGUCAGCGGUGAUACCUGUUCCGGAACUGGACACCUCCUACCGCAACGUCACUCUCGGUCCGUUAACAAAGAAGCUAGACUUUCGAAUACCGAAGAAAACCCCCCCAGCCGCAGCACCAGCAGCUCCAAGCCCAGUCAAUGGGGAUGGGGACAGCUUAAGGUCCUCCUCAAACUCUCCCACGAGCAAGUCAUGUGAUGCCAAAAAAGAUAAAGAUACUGAUAAGAAUAAGGACAGGCAUAUAGAUAAGGCUAAGGAUAAGGACAAGGCGGAAAACAGUCUGGAAAAGUCCAAGAAGCAUCACAAGUCGCUUGAUAAUAAGACCGAGAAGGAGAAGAAUAGAUCCGCCAAGAAGGAAAAGAAAAGACAAGACAGGGAGCAUGAGAAGAAAUCGCGAGGUGGUGACAAAACUCGUGAGUUUGCGGACACGGAUAGCGUGACCAGUGUGAAUAGCUCUGAAAAUACAGACAACCUGGAGAACGAGCCGCCCGCCAGCGAAGCUAACUCUUCUCCCAUUCCAGAGGUAGCUCCUAGUACACCCGACAUCCAGCCUGCCCAGCCGACAGGAAGCAAGUCUUCCGUCUCGGAGGCAGCUCCCUCAGCAGAUGUUGAGACGAAGCAACAGGAGGAUGAUGACGAUGAGGAUGUGUUCGCCAAAUUGGACAGAGCGAAAAAGGCGGCCGUAGAGAAGGCUGCGAGGAAGCGCGCCAUAUCAACUUCAGAGGCUAAGCCAGCGAAAGAAAAUUCGGAAGAUAAAGGACCUGAAAACAACCAAGAGAUUAAAGAGGAUGCGGUAGAUGAGGAGGAUAAACCGCCAAAACUGUCUAAGCUAAAAAUUGUGCUUGGACCCAAUGCCCACACAUUGAUGGUGCACCCUGAUGCAGGCACUCUGGAGAAGGAAACCAAGGUCACGGAAAGCAAACCUCGGGAAGAUGAUGAUCACGACGACGAAGAGGUGCCCGGUCCGUGCCCUCAACUUCUGCGCCGCAUCAUGCAGCGGCGCAACUCCAUGGCUCCCACGGCAAGCAAGCCGCUGGUGGACAAGGCAGAAAUCUUUACCCCCAGUCUCCUCUACGAGGACCUGCAGGAGCAAAAGCGCAAGUCUCAAAACGCCCGCAGCCUGGCCAACAUGUUUGAGAAGACCAGCGACAACUGUAGCGUUUCCACGCAGAACAUUAUCUCCGGCAAGCGUCGCACUCGCGGCCUAGAGGCAUCCUUCAACGAGACGCAACUGAGUCGGAGCUGCUUUGGUCUGGGCCAGAUUAACAGGUCGCGGACAAAGGCCACCGAUGGCAGUACAAGUAUGGCAAAGACUCCUGCCCCUGACAGCGCCAAGCAUGCUGAAAAUUCAUUGGCUGUUGAUGCCAAUGCUGUUGAUCCUAUUCCUGUUCCUGCUCCAAAUCGUAAGCGCAGGCGACAAACCAUUUCAAAGGAAGCUCCGAAUACGCCGGUGGAGCCCAAGAAGGCACGCUUGGAAAGUGAGGAGGUUAAUGCUGUCAAGGAUAUAGAUAUAUCUGUCAAGCAGCCGGCAGAGGACAACGAGGAGGUCAACAUUAUGGAUGUGGACGAAAACUCCUCCGAGCCGGCGGUCCCCGUGACCGUGAUUCCACCACCUCCAAAACCUCGCGCGAAACCCCGAAAGAAGCGCAACGAGCUGGACAAGCUAAACGAGGACAUUGCGCAAAUGUACUACGGCGAAGAAGUGCUGCGGGCCACCGGGCGCAGGGCCUGUACCCGGCGCUCCCGAACUCCCUCGCAGACGCGGUCCAGUAGCCAGCGUUCCCGAACUCCUUCUCUCUCACGAGCCUCACCGGCCGCCGAUAGCAUUUCAAGCGUUUCCCUGGCCAGUCCCAUUUUUAUACGGAACGUGGCGCGAAGGGGCAAGCCCUUUGGUCCCGGAUCCCGGUCGUCCGGCAUAAAUCGGACAACGUUUAAGGCCAAGACCUUGCCAAAAACCAAGCGCUGCCAAGUGAGAAUACAGCGAAGUGCUGCCUUGGAAGAGCUGCUUAAGAAGCAGGGCGAGAAAGAGCAGAAACCAGCGAAGAAGCGCAAGCAGAAGAAAAAUGAAGUUCGCAACACAAAUCCCGAAUGGCACGCCAAGUCGAAGGCUUGCGUCAAGUGUGUGGUCUGCUCGAAGCCAGUCCGCAGGAGCCCUCUCUGUCACUACUUGAUGGACCACGGGGAGCACUAUGCCGCCCGCUUGCCACCCGGCGUGCUUGAAGAUCUGCGGCUCGGACGCGGCAAUCGGCCGGACUACCGGAUUUCACAGCGGCACUAUAACAAGAUUCACUUCACUUGUCCGUUCUGCCGGAAGUCAUUGCUCCAUAACCGGCUGGAACUUGGCGAGCAUUUGUCCGCCCACAUGGGCGAGCCGCGUCACCAGUGCUCCCGCUGUCACUUCCCGCAGAACCGCCUCAUUAGGCUGCAGGCGCACACCGAGACCUGUGGUCCGGGUGCCAAACCACUGAGCUAUCCUGACAACUGCAGUCUGCCGAUGAAAGUGCACGUGUGCCAUCUAUGCCAGUUUGUGCAGCAGAACAAGGGGAAUAUGGACCGGCAUCUGAUGCAGCAGCAUGGCCUCACCAAGGAGCAGCUUAAGAGUGUGGAGCGGGAGGAACUGAUGCUCUGCUCACUGAAGGACGUGCCGACAGUCGAGUCGCAAGAGGAGGCCGACGCCAUGCUGCAAGGAAAUGAGGAUAACACCUCCGAGCCAAGCACAAGUGGAGCUGCCAAGGUGCGCAACACACACAAGGUGCCCAACACUCCCAAGGUGACCAAAAAGGGUAAACAGCUAAAGAAGAUCAAGAUCAGGUUUAAGAAUAUGGCCAAGAAAUCCGUUCGUCUAGUGAAGAGAGAACGCGAAGAGCAAGAGGAACAGGAGCGAGAAAAGGAAGAUCAAGAAGAACAGGAGGAGCAGGAGCGGGUGCUGACCAAAAUGGAGGUGGAUCAUGAUAUGCGGCGGCUACCGCUGCCCCCGCCAGAAAAGGAACCCGUGCUGGUGGUCAACGAGUGUCUGGCAGAUGUCGAAAUGGAAUCGGAACUGGAGGAAGACGUCGACGAGGAACAGGCCAUUCAGAACAAGAGCUUGAUGGUGGAUGAAAAGCCCGUCGUGCUGCCCGGCCUGGGCGCUGACCUGGUGGAAGCAGGGCCAAGUGUAUUAGAACCAGAGCCAAGUGUAUUGGAACCAGAGCCAAGUGUAUUAGAACCAGAGCCAAGUGUGUUAGAACCAGAGCCAAGUGUAUUAGAACCAGAGCCGGCCACUCUAGCGCAAGCCACUCCAACGCCAAUGGACGAAGAGGAUGUAGAUGUGGAUGUGGAGCAGGUGACUCCAACGCGACCACAAUCUGUUCCACAUCCUGCUGCCGAAGAGGUUCGGGCAGUCACGCUGGCUGAGUUGGCCGGCGAUGUGCUCGAUGGCAUUGGCAGCGAUUGUUCCGACGUUGAGAUUGAGGACGAACCGGUGCCAGUGGAAUCAAAUGGCGAAGACGAAGAUAAUGCUGAUUCUGAUGAUGAUGAUAAUAAUGACAACGGAAAAGCGCCCACCGAUGAGUGGGUGGAUCUGGAGACGGCCAAGAGAAACUCCAAGGGCUCCCCCAAGAGCAUUUUCCAGAAGUUUAAUCGCUUUUGCUCGCGCCUCAACAAGGCAGUCCGAUCCAGUGGCAAGUCAGGAACCUCCAAUGGAAGUCAGAGCAGCGAGAACAGCCACGACAUGCCCGAUCCCAGCGAACUGAUGCCCAGAAUGCGACCGCUAGAGCCGGAGACGGUGGCGGAGAGAGCGAUCCCGGUGCCUGUUUCUCCUGCGUCAGCUCUUGCGGCUGCUCUUGGGGCCACUCCUGAGGAAGCUCCCGUGGCCGCUCCUGAAGCAGCUCCCGUGGCCGCUCCUGUGGCCACUUCCAUCACAUCUACGCGUCUUAAGGCGCCACCCAAACGGGUGGAGAAUGUGGCUUUUCGAAAGUCCCUCUCAGAUGACGACCAAAAGCAGCAGGCAUCCUAUUACUGCGUGCGGCCGGGCUGCACUUUCCUCUUCUCCAACGAACUGGAAGGACUCGAGAAUCACUUUGCGUUGGAGCAUCCGUUGGUUCGCUGGAGCGGCAAAUGUGCCAUCUGUCCGGAGUCCAAGGCAGUGGAUACGCAUCAUAGCAUUCGCGAGGAGUUGCGUCACAUGAGGGACGAGCACAUGGUGGUCAAAUCCGCCCUGACUCCCUUGCCGCCUCCGAUAGAGGAAACGCCGGAUGUUGUUCCGGAAACUGCGCCUGUUUUCGCUCCCAAUCCCGAUCCCGAUCCCGCUCCCGUGCUUCCCAAGCUGCGGGUUCGUCGAUUCACUGGCGAUCGGCUGGUAGAGCAACUUGCGGAGCAGAAUCAACCGGAAGCAGCUGUAGAUCCACCCAAUGGCCCGAAUGUCAUGCUGAGGUGUCUGCUGGCGGCGGAUCCGCGACCACCUAGCCAGCAGGUGGACUUUAAUGCCGCCGGACUGGGCGAGUUCCUCUGCGCCAAGCCCAAUUCGCCGCCAAAAGAGCCAGGACCCGAAGAACAGCCCCUGAUAAUCAACUAUCAGAGUGGGUUGGGCUUGUCUAUCAGCAAGGUGUACAGUAGGGCUCAGAUGACCGCCGAUCCAGUGAUAUCGACAGCCGUGGAGGAUCCUCCUCACCCUGACCAGUUGGCUACACCGCCAGUUCAGAGCCAGAAUCGUAAGCGAUUUUGCUGCAUGGCCACCGGUUGCACCUUCACCGCCCACAAGGUCAUGUUUGUCCGCGAGCACAUGAAAUUCCACAGCUUUAGCUUCACUUCCACUGGCUAUCUAAACUGCGCGUACUGCUCCCACGUGGCAGUCGAUGUGGAUGACUACCUCCGUCACGGAGUGAUGAUUCACGACCUGGCCCCACGCUCCGACCUGGAGUAUGCAUCGGGGCCACCGUCUGUAAGCCAGCAAAUCCGGGACAUGCUUAGUCAGCGAAACACUGCGGCUGUUGGCUGUCCCCCUGCAGCUGCAAACACGACGACGACGACCGGCCAGACCGCCCCCGUUGCCAGCAGUAAUCCAGAGACUGGAGGAUCAGGAUCGGUGGCAGCCACCGGUUCAAAUGGUCUCGUUUCCGUAUCUGUUGCGAUCACAGAUCUGCUCAGACCGACGGGAUACAGCGAAGACAGAUUGUACGCCUGCCCCCAAAAGGGCUGCAUCGUCCGGCUGACAGAGGAGCAGUUUGUGAACCAUCUGCGCUACCACAUCCGCAGCACCCACCAGGGCAGCGAGCAGGUGAAGUGCAAGUACUGCACCCAGCAGAUGCAACCGCCGGCCCUGCGAACCCAUCUGCAGCAGUCCCACGCCCGCCACAGCAUCUUCUGCGGCAUCUGUUUGGCCACGGCGGUGAACAAGCGCCUGAUGCUCUUCCAUGUGCGCAAGGAGCACCCGGAGGCCUAUGAGCUGGUCAAACGGCAGCUGCAGUUCAUCCAGCUGCGCAUGAAGCCCGAUGCCGUCGCCAAGGGCAGCGUGGAAAUCGAGUGCUACGUGGCCGCCGUGGAGCAGCCCUUUGGCGCCUACCAGAUGCACAAUUUUCAGCGCAAGCUCUUCGAGGAGCUGGAGCUACGGCGCAAGGGCACCAAGAUGAACUUCCGCUCCUCUGAGGUGCGCCUCCUACCGCGCACCCCGAUCUUCCCCAAGGAGCUGCGCUGUGCGGAGUGUACCUUCAUCACCACUGUGCGGACAGCCAUGCAGAUGCAUCUCUACGGCCACAAGGAGGAGGCCAUUCGCCAGGCCUACCAAACGGACGAAUCGGCCAUUGUGGUGGAAACAGGAUCAACAGCUACGCCACAGCAUGAGGCAGCUUUAGAUUCAGAUGGGUCAGCGGCGAGUACUUCCGGAUCGGCCCUUCCAGGUUCCCAAGCAGCACCGCCGCCGCAGCCGGAUCCACAGAUUCCGGGGAAACACAAGAUAUUCAAGCCCCCCUAUGAGUAUGUGCCUUCGGCGAUCCGCUUUCAGUGCGGUUUCUUGCUCUGUUCCCAGCGUUUCUCCUCGGAGCUGGUGCUGCGCCAGCACAUGAUCAUGCAGCACAAGUACUCGGAGGUGAUAUACUGUCCGCACUGCAAGAUGCGCCCGGGUCAGGUCAGUGUGGAGAAGUAUUUGGCCCAUCUCCUGAUGCACAAGCGCCACGUCUACCAAUGCGGUGCGUGCAACCGCCACAAUAGCAAGCGUGUCGCCAUCGAGAGGCACAUCCAGGACCGACACUACAAUCAAAAUGUGGACGUGGUGGUGCACCGCCACAUGGACUACGACAAUACGAUCACCGCCCGUUGGCUUAAGACCCCUAAACUGGCGCGCCACGCCCUCAUGGAGUACACGUGCAACCUGUGCCUCCAGUACUUCCCCACUGCCCUGCAGAUCAUGGCCCAUGCGGCGUCCGUUCACAAACGGAGCUACCAGUACCACUGCCCGUACUGCGUCUAUGGCGGCAAUUCCGCCACGUUUAUUAUCGACCACAUUCGGAGCGAGCAUUCGGGGAAGGUGGUGCAGCCGGUGCAAAUCUACCAGCGCAUCGUGUGUAAGAACAAGCAGACCCUUGGCUUCUAUUGCAGCCUCUGCCGGGAGUCGGCCAGCAACCUACAGAAGAUCACUGCCCACUGCGAGGAAAGGCACAAGUCGCGCUUCAUGUGGAAGUGUCCGCACUGCGACGUUGGACAUUUCAUCGAACGGCACGUGGCCAUGCACAUUGCCGAGGUGCAUCCUCAGGAAACCGGAUUGUCCGUGGUCCAGUACGAAAAAGUGCUCAACGAAAUGCCCGACGACAUGAGUUGGGCCUUGGGUCAGCCCAUCGAAACCCAACCUGAUGAAGAGAUGGAGGAGGAAAAGCUGCAGGAAGAGCCACCGGAACGGGCCACGUCCCAGUCCCACAUCGUGACGGAAGUGGUGGACCUGCUGGCCUCCGACGACGACUCCGAGGAGCUCGGCGAAGGUCAGGAUGAACCGAAAAUCGUGGAGUUCGCCUGCACACACUGCGACGAGACUUACAGCAACUUGCAGGACCUGCGCACCAAGCACUGGGCCAUCGUUCAUCCGGAGCAGCCGUUCUACUUCCGCGUGCAGCCGCAGCUGCUUUGCUCCGAGUGCAAGAACUUCAAGGGCAACGCCAAGGCACUGCGCGACGAGCACCUGCUCAAGGUGCACGGCAUCCGGAACAUCGUGGCGGCGGAUAUUCGACGGCCAGCGGAGUGCGCCUACUGUGACUAUCGCUAUGGCGAUUGGCAGGACCUGGCGCACCACAUCAGCCGGAUGGGCCACCUGCCCAACGACCUGAAGCACGUGACGAACGAGGAACUGAAGGCCCUGAUGCUGCUCAGUGCGAGCGGCAGCGGCGGGGCCAUAAACGAGUACUACCAGUGCGGUCUGUGCAGCGUAGUGAUGCCCACGAAGGCGGCGAUCGGACAGCACGGCCAGGUGCAGCACAGCAAGCCUGGCGAACGCUUCUGCUUCCGGCAGCUGAAGGCGGAUGUGAUCUACCAUUGCUUCUUCUGCAUGUUCACCUCCACCGACGAACUGACCACGCUGCGCCACAUGAUCGACCAUUACAGUCGCUUCAAGGUCUGCCAUUUCUGUACACUCGCCCAGGAGGGCGGCUUCGAUGAGUACAUCCAGCAUUGCUAUGACAUCCACCGCGACGAUGUGCAUCGCUUCCGGGCCGUGCACUCGUUCGGUGAUCUCAAAAAGUUCCUCAUGCAGGUGCACUACCAAUUCCAGAACGGCCUGAUUAUCACAAAGAGCAGCCUGCGCUAUACACGCUACAAUGACGAUUCUAUGAUUCGAAAGCUGGACGAGGAGCUGAUGGCCAAGGCACAGCGUCCGCCGAUCCCUCGACUGCACAUUCGGCUCAAGUCGACGGGGGUCCAGGGACCGGCGGAGGUGGAGGUGACGGUGCUGGAACCAACGCAGUGUGCACGAAUCGCAAAGAGGCGAAAGACACUGAAUCCGGACGAACUACUGCGGAUUUUCCGCCAGGAAGAGAAGGCGCAACAGCAGCAGCGGCGGCAGGAGCAGCCAGUGGUUCUAAAUAAUAGAAUGGUCAAUAUUCCACCUGGCCUUAUUCCAUCGCCGACUGCUGCUACUCGUGCUAGGCCGCCAUCUCCUCCGAUCGUGUCGCUGGUGGGGAACCAGGUCCGCAUAAUAAAGCGCCGCAACAGCCACGUGGUGCGUUCCGGACCCUAAAACCACAGCCCAGACUAAGACCACAUCAUUAUUAUUGUUAGAUUGCAAACAUUUUCUAUUGGCUCCCAGCCCAUAAUCCCUAAUCGUAUUGUGCUAGUUCCAAACUAAUCAAGCAUUCAAAAGAAACUUUCUUUUUUUUAACUUAGUUAAGACCAUAUUACUACAUUUGUAAGCGCAAACACAGUUUUAAGAUCAAAGAGAAUGUUAAGAAGUAAGGAGCAGGAGAGACAGAUUUGGAGACUAUAUUAAGACGGACGUCGGCUUCAAUUAAUUAAACUAUCGUGUUGAGUAAGCUCAAGUAAUGGAUUUUUAUGGAA